GGGGGGGUGUCGCGGUGCGGCCUGCCGUUCCCGCCCGGUGCCCGCGUAGGCCUCGAGCCGGGCCCGGAGCGCCACCUCACCGCCGCCUGUUUUAUUUUCCCCACCGUUCCGUUUAUUUUCCUCUGCUCACUUGCUUCCUAGCGCCCGGAGGAGCGCAGCGCCCCGGGGCCGAGGGCUCGGCGUUCCGUGCCCGAAGGGAGCUGCGGUCCCCGCGCUGCUGCCGGCCCCGGGCCGUGCUUUCCCUCUGGCAGGCCGCGCAUCCCGCGCUGCGCUGCCUUAUCAUUGACAGGAGGUCGGCGUAGCGGCUCAUGCGGAGCGGGACCGCUCUCCCCAGCUCGCAGAGUCCCCCCAGAUCCAGGAGGAGGACGCUGCCUCCCCAGGGCGCUUAGCGAGCCCUUCCCGCCUGUUUUCUAACCAUUUCUGUAGUUACCGGUGUCUGCAGAUCGCGGGGGGACAGCUCAGCCUAUGCUGGUGGAGAGGGAAAGUUGGAUAAUGUGGGGCGGGGGGUGUGUUCCCUCCUUUUGGAGGCUGACAGUUUGCUCGCGUCUUUGAUGUUUCGCCGCUGUUUUGGGAGUCUCCCUUGGUCGCUGAGGGGUUUCUGGGUUAAUGAGUCCUUAUCAGGUCUGAGCCACUCGCUGGUCGUUCAGGCAUGUGAUUUCAUUUGUUUUUUACUGUAAGUAGUCUUUUUAGCAUCUUUAAAGAACACUUGGCUAGCAGCAAUUCCAAUGGAGCUGAAGAGCUUCAGAAGCACUCCUGUUAAUAAACUGUGCACAGGGGUGAGAGCAGGGGAAGGUGUUGCACUUCCCUCAGGCAGUAGCUGCUGGAGUUAUUUUUCUCUCCCGAAUAUAUAUAUUUUUUUUCUUCCAGUUUUCCCUUUCAGUAGAAACUGUUGUGUUUCUUUUGCCAGUGUUUUGUUAGAAACAAGCCAGGCUGUUCUUGAGGAUUUUAACUUUCUUGAGAGGGAGCACGAGAAGUUUUACAUUGAUGGACUCUAAUAUGAGAUGUGAGUAGAUUUUACAGAGAGUACCAGGAAAUCAUGGCUUUCUUUAUGUAGUGUUGGUACUGUAUAAUAAGUGAUGACUGAAUACGUUAUAGUUUAGGAGGGUUUAUAUGGUGGUGUUAAAUGUAGACUGUGUAAGCAUGGAGGGUGUUGCUUAUAAAAGGUUUUUAUCCUGGUGUGUAAUGUUAGCAGCCUGAACAUUCGUUUGGUUGUCAAUGGUUUGUCAAAAUUCAUAAUGCUGGAUCCUGGAAUUAAGUAGUUUUGUCUUCUAAUGAAACUCAACAGCAAAUUUCAUACUGAGAUAGCUUUAAGUUCGUGAGCUACACCUGUUGUAAACUGGAAGCUGAACCUUGUGUGCUCCGAUGCAGGCUGCUUUGUUCUUCAGUCACCUCUCCAGGCAGGAAUGCAUGGAGAAUCCAGAUCAUGGACCCAAAAUUUUUUGAAAGCAUGUUGUCCCUGUCACAGUCCUGAGCAUCAGUGCAGCGAGGGGUUGUUUCAUGAAACUCUGCAGGCAGAAAAUCUGCUUUGUAUUAAUCCUUUAGCUGAAGUUUUUCAAGUUUCCAGGUAUGGUAGUGACAUAAUCCCUGUACCUGUCUCUGUACGUGUGUUUGGACAUGAAGAAUUACUGCUGGGUAUAAGGAGAGAAGAUAAUCCAGGCCGGGGAAGCAAUCUACUGUUCCUGUCUUCUGUACAGGUCAAGGAUGGAUGGAGAACAAAUCUGAAACCCGUAAUUCUUUUUAUAUUGAGCUGGCGUUCUUGGUGGUGGAGAAUAGCAGAGGUUGACUCCUCCCUGCACUGUGAAAGCCAUUAGGAAAAAGUCCUUGGGGUUAAAACCUGGGGCUCCACAGUGUUACGUGCACUUGGGGCUAGAAUUUGUUUUAAAUGGCGACUGAUCUGUCUGAAGCUGAACCCGUGCAUCAUAAGGCGCUUCCACUCUUAACGGGAACUCAGCUGAUCCACACGGACAAGUUAAGUGAGAAAGCUGAAGACGACGCGAUGCCGAUCCGCCGCUCUGUUAAUUCCUCUUCUCGAGAAACUCCUCCCAAAAGCAAACCUGCUGAAGGUGGCGAAGAGGUGAAAGCAGAUGCCGAAGCCACUUCUGAGGAAUCUGCCUCUGCUGGAGAAGAGAAUGAAACCCUGCCUGCUGCUGCACCAAGUGAAGCAGAACAGCCAAAGGAACCUGAGAAUGAAGAGAAGGGGGAAACUAAGUCCUCAGAAGAAACCAAAAAGGACGAGAAGGAUCAGUCUAAGGAAAAGGAGAAGAAGGUGAAAAAGACCAUUCCUGCGUGGGCUACCCUUUCUGCUAGCCAACUGGCUAGAGCACAGAAGCAAACUCAGAUGGCUGCCACUUCACGUCCGAAGAUGGAUGCUAUUUUAACUGAGGCCAUCAAGGCGUGCUUUCAAAAGAGUGGUGCAUCGGUUGUUGCAAUACGUAAAUACAUCAUCCACAAAUACCCUUCCCUGGAGCUUGAGAGAAGAGGCUAUCUUCUAAAGCAAGCCUUGAAAAGGGAGCUGGAGAGAGGGAUCAUCAGACAGGUGAAAGGGAAAGGAGCUUCUGGAAGCUUUGUGGUGGUGUCUAACGCAGGAAAAACUGUUCAGAAAGCCAGAGACAGAAAGAAAAGCACUUCCGUUUCGACUCCAGAGCAGCAGGUCAAGCUGGAAGACAUCCUGCCACUGGCUUUCACCCGCCUUUGUGAGCCAAAAGAAGCUUCUUACAGCCUGAUCAAGAAAUACGUGUCUCAGUAUUAUCCCAAACUCAAAGUAGAUAUCAGACCCCAGCUGUUGAAGAAUGCCCUGCAGAGAGCUGUAGAAAAGGGCCAGCUAGAGCAGAUCACAGGGAAAGGAGCAUCUGGGACAUUCCAGCUGAAGAGGUCAGGGGAGAAGCCCCUGCUGGGUGGGACUCUGAUGGAAGAUGCCAUCCUGUCUGCUAUUGCGGCCAUGAAUGAACCGAAGACCUGCUCCACCACAGCACUGAAGAAGUAUAUCCUGGAAAACCACCCAGGGACCAACUCCAACUUCCAAGUGCAUCUACUGAAAAGAACCCUGCAGAGAUGUGAGAAGAAUGGCUGGUUGGAGCAGAUUUCUGGAAAGGGCUUCAGUGGAACCUUUCAGCUUUGCUUCCCUUAUUAUCCUAGCCCAGAUGUGCUCUACCCAGAAAAGCAGCAGGGUGAGGACUCCGAAGAAUCUGAGGAGGAGGAGGAGGAGGAAUCUGAGGAGGAAGAAGAAUCUGAAGAGGAAGAGUCUGAGGAGGAAGAGCCGCCACCAAAGAAGAGGAUGCAGAAGAGACCUCCUCCAAAAUCACGGAGCAGGGCCCCUCCAAUGAAGCGAAGAGAAUCCAAGCCCAAGCCCAGAAAGACCCCUGCAGCCCGCCGGGGGAGAGCAAAGCCCCCACCCAAGGUGAAAACCCCUGCUAAGAAAGCCAAACCAGCAGCCCCAGCCAUCAAGAAACCCUCUGGUGGCAGCUCUUCCAAGAAACCAGCAGCUAGCGGGAGGAAGGAAAUGAAACCCUCUGCCAAGGGCAAAUCUGCCAUGAGGAAAUCUCUCCGGGCAAAAAAGUAAAUUUUUCCGCUGUCAGGGAAUCCCAUGAUCAAAUCCACAAUCUUGUUUUAUAAAGUCAACGUGCAUUUGUUUUCUAGUUCUGAUGCUUAAUCACUUUUUUUUCUUCUUAACUGAUGGGGGAAAAAGCUGAAAACUAAAUCAAACCAACUUAAGCAUUUAUUAGAUCUCAGUGCUGUGCCUUGUGCCUACCCCUCCCCUGGAAUAAGUCAUCUUUUGUUUCUGCAAUAAUUUUAGGACUUUUCUAGGACCUGUAAUCUGUACAUUUUAUGGUGUUCCUCUUUGGUUUGGGGGGAGGGUGGCUUUUAAAAAUUCUUGAAAGAAGUUAUUUGUAUCUUUAGACAGCAGGAACAUGAUGAUUGGGGAAAUACAGUUCUUAAUUGAGAAGGUACAACGGCACUGGAGUCCUCCUUUGAUCCCCUGCAUGAUGAGGUCCUUCCUGCUUCUGUGAAGAAGUAGUGUAUAUAUACAGCACUUGCACUGAGUCCUGGAGGUGCUCCUUUCUGCUCGGCAGUGAUGGUGGCAGGUCGAGGAGGUGCGUCUGGCUCCUUCAGACCGGCACCGUUUGUGUGAGGGUGAGUCCGGGUCUUCAGUAGAUGGAGGCUGCCACAUGUGCCAAGCAUCUGACACCAGAGGGGCUCUAAAAGGGGCAGUUCUUGGGCCGGUGAUAUGAAUUAAUGUUUCCAUGCUACUUCUGUUACCUUAAAACCAAAAUAUAUAAAAGUCUUCUUGAGUCCAACUUUCAAACGUUUUUAAGAGAUGAAGAGCCUAAGUUUUGUCACUUCUUGUUUACUCUUUUUUUAAAGAAAAGUUGGAAAGCUAUACAAUUGCUAAUGUAGAGAUGUGAAGAACAUGCAGUUUGCUAAAAUAAAACGAAACUAGAUUCCG